GUUGAGUUACACAAACGUAUGGGGAGUGUAGGUAGUCAUGUCUAUUGAGACGAGGUCGAACUCAGCUCUCUUUAAAAGAGCUGAACAAUUGAAACGUUGGGAAGAAUCAGAAACGAACCGUGUGCCUGGAACACCAAACAGGAAGAAAAAGAAGAUACAAUUUUCUGCGGGAUGUGUGUUUUUAGCUGCGUGUGCUGCCGGAGACAAGGAAGAGGUUCUCCGUUUGCUACAGAAAGGGGCAGACAUAGAUACAGCGAACGUAGAUGGGCUGACGGCGCUACAUCAGGCUUGCAUAGAUGACAAUCUCGAUAUGGUGGAGUUCCUAGUAGAGCAUGGUGCCGAUGUUAACAGAGGUGACAAUGAAGGUUGGACUCCACUCCACGCCACAGCCUCAUGUGGCUUCAUCAGCAUAGCUAAGUACCUGAUAGAACACGGUGGGAAUGUUGCAGCUGUCAACAAUGAUGCUGAACUUCCAGUUGACAUUGCUGAAUCAGAUGAAAUGGAGGAAAUGCUUCAACAGAAUAUUGAAGCUAAAGGUAUUGAUUGUGAUGAAGCCCGUAAUGAGGAAGAACGAAUGAUGUUGGAAGAUGCUAAAGCUUGGCUCAAUAGUGGUUUCCUUGAUGAUGAACCACAUCCAAAAACUGGUGCAAGAGCAUUGCAUGUUGCUGCUGCUAAGGGUUACAUCAAAGUUAUGAGAGUACUACUCCAAGGAGGUGCAGAUGUAAAUGUGCAAGACUUUGAUGGCUGGACACCCCUCCAUGCUGCAGCACAUUGGGGCCAAAAAGAAGCAUGUGAAAUGCUGGUGGAAAAUUUCUGUGAUAUGGAAAUGAAGAACUAUGUGGGUCAAACAGCCUUUGAUAUUGCUGACCCUGACAUGAUCCCAGUUCUUGAGGAACUGCAGAAGAGACAGGCUGCAAUGCAGAGAGAUCAUGCUGCAAACAACGCAAUUUUGCAGAAGAAGGGGACCAACGAUUCCAAGAGAAGGUCAUCCAUCACCCGAAUGUCAGUAGCUGACAAGUCAAACCUCAUAAAUAAAGAUGCAUCAUCUGAACGUCAGAUUCUGGACCAGUCAAUUUCAGAAGAAGAUAGCACCAACAAAAUGCUGAAAGUAAAAGUGGAAAUUGAACCAGUAUCUGACAAAGAAGAUAAAAGUGAACACUCUGAUGUCAGUGAAGUUGAGGAUCAAGAACAGUCCAGUGACUCCAGUGACUCUUCAGAUGACACUGAAACAUCUAAUGGUAGUGAAACACAAAGUAGUGUUAAUAGUGCAGAGGAGAAGAAAAACAAGGCUAACAGGGAUGAUACUGCCAAAACAACAAGCAUAGAAACCAACAAAUUAGUUCCUAACAGUCCGUCCAUGCCAUCUAACUUGCCACAGGAAAUAGAUGACCCUUCAAGAUGGCGAAGGCCUGGUUCUUUACGAAGCCGGGGAGCAAAUGGUGAGGAGGAUAUUACGAAUAAAACUAUACCUGGUAAUGUUGAGAAGGAAAAUCAGAAGGUUUCCACACCAACAGGUACUGUGAACCGCACCAUUGUGGAUAAGCCAGAAGUCUCUGUUCGGAGAACCCGUAGUUUUGAAGCUGAUGAGAAGUUUUAUCCCAAAUACUUGGAGUUAAAAGCGAGAAUAAAAGCUGGUUCAUGCCCUACGUUACACUCAUCCUCAGAUUCUGCCCUUCCGACACGUUCUGCAUCACUACGAGACAAGUGUGAUUCAAGGGGUAUUAAAAAAGAAGCUGAUGAUGCUGUUUCCCCAGUAUCAGAUAUCUUGAAUGCUGUUACAACAGGAACAACCACAAUAACCACUCACACCUCACCGACGAGGCAAUCUCUUCCUGUAGCCAACAGUCCCUUACCAACUAACCAAGUUAGAAGUUUCAGUCCUCCAAAGGACAGUGCUGCCAGCACUUGUCCUCCAACACCACCUACACCCACAACACCCGGUGGGAGUAAGCUAAGCCCAGGGAACAUCUUUAAAAAUUUUUUCAAAUCCUUUGUCCCACCUGUUCGUGAUGAGGAAUCAGAAACACAAAGGAAAGCACAUGCUAAACGUGUUCGUGAAACACGGCGAUCCACUCAAGGUGUCACUUUAGAAGAAAUAAAGUCUGCAGAACAGCUGGUAAAACGAAAAAACCAGCAGCAGCUUCAACAAGCAACACAGCAAUUGAGUAAUAAUGAACAGCUUCCUGCUGUUACUAACUCACCAUCAAUUACUGCAACAAUAACUACAGCAAGCCCAACAGUGCCUUCAAAGAGUGUGGCAACAGGUGGAAAAGAAGAGGAAGUACACCAAGAGCGACGACCCUCUUGGAGGCUUAGGGUUGAUAACGGUGACAGGAAUAAGUUUCUACUGGAAGAUGCACGUAGCAAAAGUACUCCAAAUGACACGGCUGCUACAACGUAUGUUAGGAGGACAUCGGGAAGUACUCCAGUGCGACCAUCCUCUGCACCAGUUGACCCAUCAUCUGUCGAUACUACUGUAACAAUAGCACUUAGGCGACAAUCGAAGCCACCAGACGACAGAGAUCAAGAUAAGGAGAAUGACAUCAGAAAUGCACAAGCAACCCAAGGUGUGAUACAAAGGCGGCGGCGACCGAAGCGCAGGUCAACUGGUGUUGUGCACGUAGACAUGGAUGAAAUUGAUCCUGAUCGUCAAGAUGCCCUAACUGGAGGGGAGACACUUGACAUUGCGAAAGGUGCAAAUGAUGAGAGUGGAGGAUCUCCACAGUCGUCACGACUUAGUUCACCUGCAGCAGACUCCCCUAUUAAUUCUCGACAUUCGUCCACUCUUUUGCCGCAUGAGGCAAGUGAAAAUGGUGAAAUUGACUACAAAAAGCUCUAUGAAGCCUUACUGUUGGAGAAUGAAAGGAUAAAAGAGAAAUUACAGAAGACUGAGGAGGCUUUGAAUGAAGCCAGAGUGCAGAUUUCAAGCAGUUCUAUACCUCCACCAAAGAAUUCACUAUCGGAGAUGGAGAAACGUGAAAGGAGAGCAAUGGAAAGGAAACUCUCAGAAAUGGAAGAAGAACUGAAACAAUUACAAAAGCUCAAAGCUGAAAACGAAAGAUUGAAAGCAGAAAACCGGGCUUUGACUCGGGUGGUGUCGAAACUCACCAAUUCUGCCAAUGCUACAAAAUAGCUAUUGGAGCAGUUCAGGAGUGAAAAUCAGAAACUGAAAGAUGAGAAUGGUGCCUUGAUUAGGGUGAUCAGUAAGUUAUCAAAGUGAUUGUUCAGUUGAAACAGAAGCUCACAAGCUGUGUUGGAAAUAAAUAAUUUAUUAAAGCUAGUGGAAUAUGCAGCAUUUCUCUGUUAUGUAGGAUGUAUUUAUUUCAGGAAAACUAUACAUUCAGUGAUUUAAGGGAUUCUUUGUAGUUAUUUAGGAACUAGAUUUGUUUUCCUCACCUCAUCUGUAAUUCAUUUCUUAAUUUAUUAUUCAUUUUGCAGUAUUAUAACUAAAGUAUUUUGCACUGAAUUACUCAGAUAUAAAGUUAAUGCUUUGCUUUGAAAUAGAGAAGAAACUUUAUCAAAGUUUUGUGAAGCUGAAAGUGGAGGAUUGAGCUCAAUUUCGUAAUUUUUAUAAAAUUUUUGAGCUCACUCUCCGGCCAUGUGUAUGAUUGUGUGGAAGUUUAUCAACAAGAAGGAACAUAAACAUAAAAAUAGUUUAAAUGUUCAAAAUGCAGAUGGAACUGUAUUGUAAACAUUGUAUGUGUAAUUGCUGUCUUAAAAAAGUUAUGUUUUAAAAUAUACUUCAGUUUGUUCACACAUUUUAAUUAGCUUUUACAAAAAUGGCUUAAUGAGAGAGUCCUCCAAAAUUUAUGUUGUAUAUACGUGCAUCGUUAUGAAAACCUGUUGGGUGUUUUAUAUGCAUAUAAAGUUGCCAACUGCUGUAUUGUUUUAAGUUUGAAACAUCUUUUUUUUUCUAGUCCUCGUUAUAUCAGUGAAUGUCAAGUGUAAAUUAAUUUUGUAAUGUAAAUUGUUUUACAAUUUCCCUAUUUAAAGCAUAUCAUGUGUAGGUCAUUAAAACAUGUUAAGAUGUAUCAUUUUCUAUUGAUGUUUACUAAUAUUGUUGUGAUGUUGUUGCAUCCAUGAUAUUUAAUUACCAAGUCUUCAGAAGAAAACUUGUAAUUCAGGCUUUGUCUGCUGUUUGCUAAGUUGAAUUUUAUAGUUCAUUUUAUUCAUGGAUUGUAUAUUUGUAUUAAAAUUUAGUAAAUAAUUUUAUUGGUAUGUUAUGCAUGAAUGUUUCAGUUACCUUGGUGCUAAAUCCAUUACACGUUUUUACAUAGUUCUGUUAUUACCACAGAACGAUGAGCUAUCAGCAAAUUGCUGUGAAAAUGUUUUAGAUAUCUGUGUUGAGUGUAUAUUCGUCUGGUAACAACAGAUAGUUAAGUAGACAAUGAAGUCUCCUAUUUUCAUCUGGUCUGUUGAAUUAGUCUGAUGGAGGUCUCAGCACGUGACAAAUGGGUGAAACAACCUUUUCAUAUUCUGUUGAAUCUGUUCUCAGAAUAAUUUUAUGCGCUGCAAAAUUUCUGCCAUUGUCUGUGUAAAAGUGCCUUGUUUGCUUGUAAUAUUUGAAAUGAAAUGUACAUUUUUAUAGUAAAACAUCACUAGAACUUCUAAAUAAAACACUUCUCUAUGUUUACA